UCCAAUUCACUUGGUAGUCCAUCUCUCACUUACCAACCAGUCAUGGUUCUGGGCUGGCUCUUUCUGGUCACUCUGGCCAGCGGAUCCCAGGCACAAGGGUCUCCUCAGCUGGUGGCGCCAACUGGUGGUCUCCUAGCUCCACAGCCUCAACUUCCGCCGGCCACCUUGGGUCCACCGCCCACUUUGUCCCAAGAUCUGGAUGAAAUCCAGCGGUUGGUCCAGUUCAAACCUUUGAAUCAGUUACUAGUGCGCUACCUAAUCAACGAUGCCCAGUUCCAGUCCUUUGUGCGGAUCAUCAACAGCAAUGCCGGAUUCACGGCCCGUUGGCGUUUGCUUUCCCAGCCGGAAUUGACCCUCUUCCUGCAGUGGGUGGACCAGCAGCUCGUGGCCUCCGGUGGCUCCUUUGAAAUGGAGGAGCAGAAACUGAAAUUGAGUCUGCUGAAUCAAUUCCCCUACUGGUCUGCCACCGUCUUUGGCUGGCAGGGAUUCCUCAACGAAGUUCAGCUCUACUUUCCACUGUAUGCCAUGCGGGCGCACAUCGAUGCCAAAGUCCUGCAGCAGGGAAUCUUUGCUCAGUUCUGGACGAGAUUACAGGGAUUGGGGGUCGUCUACGAUCGCUGGUUGACUUCAGUGGAAACUGCCCAGGUUUUUGCUGAUCUUCAGAGGGCGGGCAUCGAUACGGUCCAGUUGGAUGUCCUCAUCCGGAAUCUCUUCGGCUGGAAUGCUGCAAACGGAACCUCCACUAUUCCGGGUGCAGUGUUGCCUCCAGUUAACACUAAACCCGUGGUGGUUGUCUAGGUUGCCAAUAUGCAGUGAUGGUACAGUUAUCCAUGCUUAGGUAGAGUUUCAUUAUAUAUAUAUAUAUAUAUAUAUAUAUAUAUAUAUAUAGGUAAUGCAAAAGGGCAAACGUGUAUAAAUACCCAAAGAACAUUUGAAUAAAUUUUGCGAUCAAAAAAGAUUUAUAAAGCCUACACUUGGGAAUCACACUAAUCAAGUUUUAAAAGUCGAAAUAUAAAAAAAGGUUUUAAAGGGGUAUUAUUAGGAUACCAUAACAAUUUAUCAACUAGAUGAAUAUAUUUCGUACUAGGCUAUAAUAUAGACAUAGACAUAGGUAUGUAUAUCACCCAGAGAAUGCUUAUGUUCUUUAAAUAAAAUUGAUCAUCAAAAUACAA